GUGCAGAUCAGCCUUACGUGGCAGCGGUGAUGUGAAGUGACAAGAAGACAAGUGAAAAUGUUUUAUUUAUUUUUAUGAAUCGUUAAAUUUAAUCGUUAUGGAUGCUGAUUGUCUUCAUUCAUGAGAUCUUGUCUAUUAUCGUGGACACAUAACCUCAAUUUUCCUGAAAGACGCAGAAUCCAUGUAUGAUAAUCGUAUGUAUGGUGAACAACCUGCUCCAACAGGGAUGUUCCCCAACUCUCAAGCGGAGGGCUUUCCGCCUCAGCCUGGAUACCCAGCCCCUCAACAGAGGAAUUUCAAUGCAUCACAAUCAGCAAUGCCGCCGCAGCUUCAAGGCAACGGACCAGUUCAGUCCCCAAUGAGUGGACUGCCACCCUCUCAGUUCGGAGGAGGUCCCCCACAACAGUUUCCUGGAGCUUCUCCGCAGUAUGGAGCUCCCCCUGGCUCUGCCCCUCCACAAUUCGGAGGCAUGCCCCCGUCCCAACCACCAAGAUCCUCCCCUUCUCAGGUGGGUGCUCCGCCCCCUUUCAGCGGGUCAGCAACAGCCUCGAGCGGUGGACUGCCGCCUCCGUCGCAACCUGGUGGGUUCGCACAGCCACCAAGCAGUCGACCUCCAUCUCAGUUUGGAGCACCAACCAAUCCUUUAAUGAGCAACCAGCCGCCGAUGAAUGGACCACCUUCACAGCCCAGCGGAUUCCCUCAACCACAAGUAGGUGGACCACCGAGACCUAUGAAUGGACCCCCAUCCAUGAACUUGGGAGUUUCCACCCCAACAAUGAAACCUCCUCAGCAGGGAUUGAACCCCGGCACCACACCAAUCCAGAGCGAUGGAAUGAAUCAAAGUCCUAUGCUUCCUCCAACACAAGCAACCGGCACUCCUUUACCUCCUGCUCAGUCCGGAGUACCAGGAGGCUUCCCCUCUUCUAAAACGCCAUCACAAUUCACAGGUCCUGCUCAGUCGGAAGGUUUUACUCCUCCCCAGUUCGGCGUUACCCCACAACCAAGAGGUAUUCCUAGUUCUCAACCUGGGCCACCCGAAGUUUCGCCUCCUGCAGGUUCAUUCCCUCCUCAACCUGUGACAACUCCAACGUCUCAGCCAAUGGGCGGAGUCUUUCCAAUGCCUCAGGCAGGCCCUCCUCGUCCGGGCGGACUGAGUGCCGCAGAGCCACCCAAACCACUAGACUCGCCUUUCCAGGCAGUCGGAAAAAUUCCUCCCCAAAACGGAGAAGUGUCGCCACGCCCAUUAGGGUCGCAGUUCCAGCCAGUCAACUCGCCCAAUCCUCAGGGGAACUACCCGCCCAUGCAAUCCCGACCUCCUUCAAUGCCAAACCAAUCGAAUCUCGCCCCCUCCAUGAACGGACAAUCAAAAUUCAAUGCUCCACCAAGUUUAAGUCAAAAUUAUUCACCUCAAGCCAAUGGGUUCUCUCAGUCUUUGCAGAAUGGAUUGCCAUCUCCUCAAGACAGCAUGAAACCGUCUCCCAUGUCUGGCCCUCCCAUGCGACCGCCACCCCCAGCAUCCACGUUCGGAGGACCUCAGCCUCCCAACGCUGGUCCUCCGCUCAGAGGACCUCCGCCACCCAACGCUGGUCCUCUGCCUAGAGGACCGCAGCCUGGUGGACUGGCCAAGCCUUAUCCAACUUCUCAAGUCGACGGAUAUCCUGGGUCACCGGCUGGAGGUAUGCCGAGGAUGCCAAGCAGGGUGCCUCAGUACGGAGAGCAGUAUUAUGGACAACAACAGCAAUUCGCGUCCAGUCCCAACAUUCCUCCGCAACCUCAACCUUCAUCGUAUCCACAGCCUGGGGGAUACCCUUCACCUAACUACCCUCAAAGUGGGGGUUAUCCAUCCCAGCCCUCGCAACCACACUACCCAGCUCAACCACAAGAACCGCAGCGGAAGCUUGACCCUGACCAAAUGCCUAGUCCGAUUCAAGUAAUAACUGAUGACCAACGUGCGAAGUCCGGAAAAUUCUAUACAAAUCAAAAGGGGUUGGUGCCACCAUUAGUCACCACAGAUUUUAUCGUACAAGAUCAAGGGAAUGCAAGUGCGAGGUUUAUUCGCUCAACCAUGUACAACGUGCCUAUCACCCAAGACAUCAUGAAACAGGCAUCUGUGCCAUUUGGCAUCGUGUUGAGCCCUCUUGCUCAAAUCAAACCAGGGGAAAACGAUCCUCCUAUCGUGGACAUGGGAGAACUCGGCCCUGUGCGUUGCAACCGGUGCAAAGCAUACAUGUCCCCAUUUAUGCAGUUUAUCGAUGGAGGACGAAGAUUCCACUGCAUGCUUUGCAAAGCCACUACUGACGUGCCAGAACAAUAUUUCCAACAUUUGGACCAUACAGGGCAAAGAGUGGAUAGAUAUGAACGUCCAGAACUUGUUUUAGGAGCAUAUGAAUUUGUUGCCACCAAAGAAUAUUGUACAAAUAACACUUUCCCCAAACCACCAGCCAUGAUAUUUUUGAUAGACGUUUCCUAUAACAAUAUUAAAUCAGGGAUGGUCCAUCUAAUUUGCAGUCAAAUGCGUAGUAUAUUGCUAAAUCUACCCAAGGAGCCUGGUCAGUCAAAAAGCAGUGUUCGUGUCGGAUUCAUCACGUACAACAAUACCGUGCAUUUUUACAACAUCAAGGCUUGUCUUGGUCAGCCACAGAUGAUGGUUGUAGGCGAUGUGGCAGAUAUGUUCAUGCCAUUGUUGGAUGGUUUCCUGUGCGACCCAGAAGAAUCGGAACAAGUGAUCCUCAGUUUGAUGGAACAGAUUCCGUCCAUGUUCGCGGACACGCGGGAAACUGAGACCAUUCUAGCUCCGGCCAUCACCGCAGGUCUUGAAGCACUCAAGGCUGCGGAAUGUGCUGGGAAACUAUUAGUUUUCCACUCAUCUUUACCAAUUGCUGAAGCACCGGGCAAGCUGAAGAAUCGAGAUGAUAGAAAAUUACUAGGCACUGAUAAAGAAAAGUCUGUUUUAAGCCCCCAAAAUCAGGUUUACAACAACCUAGGUCAAGACUGUGUUGGUGCUGGCUGCAGUGUAGAUCUAUUUAUUUUUAAUAAUUCCUUUAUUGACCUUGCGACAAUUGGUCAAGUCUCAAGGUUGACUGGAGGUCAAGUUUAUAAGUACACAUAUUUCCAGGCUGAUGUCGAUGGAGAAAGAUUGAUCAUGGAUAUAUGCGAGAACAUUAGUCGACCAAUUGCAUUCAACGCUAUAAUGAGAGUACGUACUUCAACAGGUGUACGACCAACCGAUUUCUAUGGCCACUUUUACAUGGCCAACACUACGGACAUGGAAUUUGGCAGUAUAGAUUGUAACAAGGCUGUGGCUGUUGAGAUCAAGCACGAUGACAAAUUAACGGAAGAAGAUGGUGUUUAUAUUCAAGUAGCCCUCUUGUACACGUCCUGUAGUGCGCAAAGAAGAGUUCGUGUCCUCAAUUUAGCCUUGAACACUUGCUCUCAAAUGGCAGAUCUGUUCCGUGCCUGCGAGUUGGAUACAAUAAUUAAUUUCUUCUCUAAGCAAGCCGUUUUUAAAUUAUUGGAAGCUACCCCAAAAGCUGUCAAAGAAUCGCUCAUUAAUCGUUGUGCUCAAAUCUUAGCCUGCUAUCGUAAAAACUGCGCACUGCCUUCGUCUGCCGGACAACUCAUCUUACCUGAAUGCAUGAAACUACUUCCUUUGUACAUUAAUUGCGUUCUUAAAAGCGAUGCGGUCUCUGGUGGUUCUGAUUUGACGAUCGAUGACAGAUGGUUCGCAAUGGAUUCUGUGAUGAUUAGUGAUAUUCCCUCCUCGGUUGUAUAUUUCUACCCGCGUCUUAUCCCAUUAGUAGAUAUUGAUGUCACAUCGCUGGACAUUCCUGUUCCUAUCAGGUGUUCCAUUGAAAAAAUGAACAAUGAAGGUGCUUUUAUUCUAGAAAAUGGAAUCCACAUGUUCUUGUGGGUCGGCUUAAAUGUUAGUAAUGAUUGGGUGAUGAAUGUUUUUGGAGUGUCCUCCGUGAUGCAAAUAGACACGGACAAAGCCAGUUUGCCUUAUCUCGAGAACCCCCUCUCUGCCCGCAUUCGCGAACUCAUCAAAUCAAUUAGGUCACAGAGGAACAGAGCCAUGAGGCUAACAUUGGUGCGGCCUCGUGACAAAAUGGAAAUAGUUAUGAAACACUUCCUUGUCGAAGACCGAGGUGUAGAUGGAUCUAGUUCUUAUGUAGAUUUCCUAUGCUUCAUGCACAAAGAAAUUCGUAACUUGUUGAGUUAGCAAAGUUAAAAUUUAAUGAGGAUUUAUGAAUGGCCGUUGAAUCAGUUACAUGAAUGGACGUCUAACUGGUGAGGGUUCUGUCAUCUCUCGUCGUGAAUCGUUUUUAUUACAAUUCAAAUUUUAUUAUCAUUCUCGCUGCAAUUAUAACUUCAAUUUUUUAUCAUUUUUAAUGUUAUCUAGAUCUAUUUAGUCUUUGUUUUUACUCAUUUAAAUGUGUAAAUUUAUCUUUUAUCGGCUAUCUGCCAUGAUUUUUGUUACUGAAGGGGUUGUUUUCAGCACUGAAAAAUUGAAUCCAGGAGUUUUGACUCUUACCAGUCUUGACUCCUAUUUCGACAUUUAUGAUGCAAACUAUGCCAUUUUUAUUGCUAAACAGCCUGGGUAGCUUUACAUGUUUCGUCAAAAUGAAAGGCGACAGAAAGUGGGUCUUUUUGCAUUAAAAAAUGCACUUAUAUUGCUGCUCGGAAGGGGUGAUCUUCAAAUCAAUGAAAUUCCUGUACUAUGGAUAAUUGUUCCAUGAGUAAUGUUUCUUGUUUUUGCUUUUCUCUUAUUUUUUUUUGUUAAACUGUAUCAAUGAAUCUUUGAGCUUACAGGAAUAAGUCAAAGUUUGGGGAUGUUCAAUCACAGGUUUUAUAAUGUUGUUUGUUGUCCCCGGAAAAACCAGUCCACUCUGAAUUAUUUAUUCGUUCGUUAUAUAACAUUCUUAUUUUUUCGCUUAGUUGGACUGUUUUAUUGUAUCUUUGUUGCUGCAUCCCUAUUUCUUUGUAACCAUUUUGUUUACUUAGGUCAAUCAGUUGUUAACACUUUUCAAAUAGUAAGGAUUAUGAUUUGUAUAUUAUUUUGUAAAGUUUGUACAUUAUUGUAUUUUAUUCGAAUAUCUUUUAAAGUCUUUAAGGGGAAGGGUGUACUUGCAUAACUACUACUACAGCCAGGAGUUGUGAGUCUGUGCAAAUUUUAUGACUUAUUCUUACAUUGUUUUCACUCGAGGAAAUUUCUCAGCAAACGUAAUCAAAUAUCGAGUAGGUUUCGUUAUAAUACCGGUUUUGCUCUCUAUUCUCAGCUGACAAGCCAUACACUCAGAGGAAUAUUCCAACAAUAUGUUUCCAAAAAAUAUUUAUCAGAAGCACUGAAUCAAAGGCAAAAAUAUGUAAUUGUUUGUUUUCAUCAUGUGAUAAAAAAACCCAAUGAAUCCUCUUCUGACUCAUCAAAUGAAUUCAGACGGUAUUCAAGCCUUAACAGUAAUUUCAUCUGGCGUUGAUAAUUAGUUUUUAAGUUAGUAUAUUAAGAUGAAUUCAAUGGGAAGGUUAAGAUUUUCAAAACUAGAACUUAGAUUUCAUUUUCACAGCCAGAUGCAAGAUUCUGUUCUUAGUUCGUUUUGGUUCUAGUGCAAGGCUCCACAGAAGAUUUACUUGGAAUUGAUGAAUAAAAUUCACCACAAAGUGUAGUGAAUUUGUUUCAUGCUAAAAAUCGAGAGUAAAUUUGGUAUUCUAGAAAAAAUGAUUCAACAACUAAUUGUUCGAUUUGCUGCAAAUUCAUCUGAAACGAGGAAAAAUUAUCUAAAAUGGAUUUUUUUUUUCUAGCUUUAGUUCAAUUAUAUCUCUUUAUUAGUAAAUCAUUAAAAUAUUUCAAUUAUUCUUUCUAGAGAGAAGGGAUAGAAUACUUUGACUUGUAACUUUUGACCAGACUCAAAAUUGCCUCGCUCAAUCAAAUUAUCAUAUUUUCAUUUUGUAUUUUUAUCCGUAUUAUAAUUUGUCAGUUUAGAUGUAUUUAAUGUUAAUUUAAUAUUUAGACAAUUUUUCUGGUAAAAAUACAACGGAAAAUACCUUAAAA